CCAUUGUAUUGAUUUGUCAACCACACCCCUCCCUUUGUUGGUGCCUUGGCUAUUUCUGUUCAAUUUUUUUUUCCUCGAAUUUUUCUUCAUCUUUCAUAUUUUUCGCUGCUGUGUUAUCUUUUGCUUCCCUCACUCUUUUUGCUUAUUUUUCUCUUUUUUUGUUAUACUUCUUCCUUCCUUUUUUGGCUCUUAUCUACAUAAAAUAUGGGCAAUACUACUUCUGUAGGAAAACGGAAACUGACUGCCCAUGAAAGUAGAAGCCGAGAUAGCAAAAGCAGCAUCAGUAAAACUAGUGAUAGGGAUUCGUAUACCAAUACUCAGAAUAAAUAUGAUCGACAUAGCCAAAUAGUAAGCAACUCUAGUUUUUCGAUGCCCAAAAAACCAAAGCAGAGCAGUUCUUCACGAAAGUUAUCAUCGAUCGCAUCGACACCCACGCAAAACUCAUCAACAUCUAUAAAUAUGAUACGCCGACCUUCCUCUUCCUCUUCUUUUACGGCGAACUCCAAUUCAGUAUUAGGCGACAGGAAAGAAAAUGUGCAGAAACUGACGGCCAGAUCACCACCGCCUACCAAUAUAACUAGUUCUAUGGAACGUGUUCAGUAUUUUUGUCGGUUAACGCCGAGAGCAUCUUUUUCAACUGUGCAAUCACCACAGAUGAAUGCAAAUAUGACUGCGGCAACAGAUUACUUUUCUACAAAUAUAAGCUCGGCUAUAACACCACCUCCAGGGCUCUGUAGAAGAAGUUCUUCCAGAUAUUGUCUUCCAGCAGACGAUCAUGAACAAGACCGCUUAACGAACACUCAUUAUGUCAUAAAGCAUUGCUUUGGUGAUAACUUUUCUGCACCUGUGCAUGAUCUAUUGACUCGAUCUGUCUCCAUGGCUUACAGUAAUAAUAAUAGUGAUUCCAACAUAAUUAAUAGCAGCUUACCCAACUUAGAAAAUACAUUAUCUUCCAAUGUAUCGUCUACUACAACAAGCACAGCGUCAUCUGUCAAAAACUGCAAUAUCUCAACCACUCGACAAAGCAGUUGGUUAACUACAGUCAAAGUGCUUGAUGUUGCUUGUGGUUCAGGUGUAUGGGUGCUAGACAUGGCCAGCCACUAUCCUAAUUCCCAUUUCUACGGGAUUGAUUGCGCUCCUCUCUUCCCUUCAAGCAUUAAACCACCCAAUGCUUAUUUUCAACAAUGUAAUGUGCUAGAGCCUGAAGGAUUACCAUUUCCUGAUGAGUAUUUUGACUAUGUUCAUAUGCGCCUUGUUUACAACAGUUUUUCUGCAGACGAACUAAGGUUUGUUUUAAAUGAAAUCAAUCGUGUGUUAAAACCAGGAGGUUAUGUUGAACUUCGAGAUGUUCAACCUUAUCUCAAAAACCCUGGACCUAUAACCGAUUCUAUAUUUUCUGUUUUUCCAGAUCGUAUGCAAGAAAUAUACGGAGUUGAUAUUACUUGGACAAAUGAUAUACCUGACAUUCUUGCUAAAUAUGCAAGACUUACUGAUAUUCACUAUCAAGAAGCCAAUCUUUACUAUGGCGGUGAAGGACCCUUAGCGACUGCAGUCAAUGCAUGUCUCACGGAUCCAUUUCACAGUUACAAAGAUUUCUUUCUAAGAGCAUAUCACCUAACCCCCGAAGAAUAUGAAGAGACAAAAAACAGCAUAUUAAAGGAAUAUACCCAAUAUCGAUCUUACCUUACGUACUGCAUGGGUUGGGGAAGAAAACCAUUGGUAGCGAUACAGCCUUUAAUGAUGCUGAUGGCAAACCCGACUAUCGCUACCAACAGUAUCACUCCUAUUCCUACUCCUGCUCCUACUCCUAAAAUUUAUACUACCACUAUUGCCGCCACUGCUCGUUCCACUGCUAUUAGCAAUCAUAAUACCGACGUUUCUAUUCCAUCAGCUGAUUCCACGUCUUUAUCGAUACCCAACAUACCUACUCCAUCUAAAAUGAAUGAUUCAAGCAAUACCCGUAUCUGUCAAGCAGCAGCUCAAACUCCACCUUUGUAUUUAUCAAACACAGCCGCUCCUAUUUCCACAGCAGCGCCUACUACAGCCACCACAACACCUUUAUUAUCUCCUAAUACGUCUACAAACAGCAUAAUGAAUAUUUUUUCAAACAAUGAGUGUAAUACUAUAGCCGAGAAUAACAGCACUGAUGAGAUGGAAUCUUUCAUUCUGGAAAACGUGUUUGAUAUUGCACAUUUGACAGAUGGUUUUACAGAAUAACUCGGACCAUUUUUGUCUUCAUAUAUAUGUAUGUUUGUAUUUAUUCGAUUAUCACAUAGUUGAAGAAACUUUUCUUUUGUACAUAGACCUUUUUAUUUGCUACCAACA